GCCAUCCAGAACCCGAGUGCUGAGCUGGUCCAGGAGAAGGCCUGGUCCGCUGUGGUUCCUCUGGUCGCUAAACUCAAGACUUUCUACGAGUUCUCACAGAAACUGGAGUCCAGCCUGCAGUGUCUCCUGGACGUCCUCACCAGCUCCAGCUCCACUCCGACCCAGCACCUGGAGUCCCAGCAGGCGCUGGCCCGUCAGUUCGCCCACAUCCUGCACUUCACGCUGCGCUUCGAUGAGCUGAAGAUGACCAACCCCGCCAUCCAGAACGACUUCAGCUACUAUCGCCGAACCAUCAGCCGAAUGCGCAUCAACAACCUGUCG